AUCGGAACGCGCUACGUCUCGGCCUCGGCGGCGGACAGAGGGGGGGAAAGAUGUCGGCGCCCAUCCUGAAAGUGGCGACCCCGAAAUGGGAGAAGGUGGCGCGGGGCAGCGUCUGUCUGCUCGGGGUUCUGCUGUCCGUCUACGCCUACCAUGUGGAGAGCGCCCGGGGCAGUGACCCCGGCUACGUGGCCAUGUGCGACUUCAGCGAGCAGAUGAGCUGCACCAAGGUGUUCGGCUCGAGGUGGGGAAGAGGAUUUGGGCUAGUCGGAAUCAUAUUUGGAACAGAGAGUGCUUUGAACCAACCAAACAGUAUAUAUGGACUUAGUUUCUAUGUGCUACAAAUGUUGUUGGGUAUGACCGUGAGUGCAAUGGCUGCUUUAAUACUAAUGACAACAUCCAUAGUAUCUGUGGUGGGUGCACUGUAUCUAAGUUACAUCCUGUAUUUUGUGCUGAAGGACUUUUGCAUAAUUUGCAUCACUACAUACAUCCUGAACUUCAUUCUCUUUAUUAUCAACUAUAAACGACUCGUUUACUUGAAUGAGGCCUGGAAACAGCAACUCCAAUCCAAACAGGAAUAAUUCGUAUGAGCCUAACACCUGGAGAGCCUGCUUUCAUUAUGUCUAUUUGGCAGUAAAUUUUUUUGAGAGGUGUAUAUGAUAUAAAGGAAAUCAAAAUAAUUGAGAAUCAAUUUUUAAAAAUUGUAUACUUGUGUGGGGCCCUGGACUUUAUUUUCAUUUAUCUCCCUCAUGCAAAGAUUCAAUAGACAGGCCAGCUGAGAGCAAGCUUUAACUGUAGUGCACAUUCCUUAGGUGACCUGAAUCUAAAAAAAUACACUAAGUGUCAUUUGUAUUGUUAAGCAUUCCUCUUCCUUUUCCUCCUCCCAAUAAUGCAAAUUGUGUUAAAUUGUGAUUGAAAGUGCCUUCUGUUACUGAGGAUUUUGCUGUUUAUGUUAAUCCUAUUCAAGUGUUUUAUAUUGCACAGAAAGUGGCUAACAGGUGUCCUGGGUCUUGGUGCUUUUAUGUGGAUCAGAAAAAAUGUACUUUGAGUGACAGUGUGAGUGUUGCAAGUCCCAAUUUCUUUCAAUGUAGUAGUAAUUUGUCACAUAUUGAAUGGUAGAAAAAAUGUUUGGGUCCUGUAGGCAUAAGCCUUAUCUCUGUAACAUGCUUGAUUCUUUUUUUUUAAAAAAAAGGCCAACCACAGUAGACACAAUGAACCGAAAAAAACGGUAUUUAAACUAGCACCAUUCACAGUGCUGGAUAGUUCAGACAACAGCUUGCUAGUGUUUUUAAAAUGCUUCCGAGUAUCCAGUGAAGUUACAAAAGCUACUCUUUACAGAUGUCAAAAAUGCUACUGUGUAUUUGUUAGUAUUUGUGAUGUGGUUUAGUAAAAGUGCAGUAUAAUAGUUAAUUUUGUUUUUUACAAAAACAACUUGAAGUUGCACUUUAGACAUUUUAUUUGUUUCAGUAUUUUUUAAAUUCUUGAAUAAAGCAGCAUCAGGACUACGUCUAUAGAAAUGUCUGGUCAGCCAGACCCAAGCUUAAAAGUUGACUCUUUAGUGACCAUACUUAAUGGAUCCCUUUUGGUUUGAAUUUAAUUGUGCUGUACAUAGCUUUUUUUUAUAAUAUUGGACAAGUUUUGAGGUUUUCAUUAGGUUGAGGCCCCUUUGUCUUUAAUGUAACACCAUUGUGCCAAGUGUUUAUGCGAUUAAGACAAGUUGAUUUCAGCAGCAUUGCUUUAACAUAACUUUCAAAUUGUUUGGAUUUCGUGGAUAGAAAUAAGCUGUUAAUAUGGUAAGUUUGAUAACUGGCAUUAAGAAAGUACUUAAAUUCAGUUCUGACCCAUAAAAUAUUUAAAUAUGCAUGACAGAGGCUCAAAUAAAGGAUUCUCUCUUAUUCUGUACAAUUAACUGCCAUCCAGAAUUUGAAAUGCCUGAUUUGUUCAUUAUAAUUUAGGAGUAUUCCAUUGUAUGCACAUUGACACUUAGCAUUGAAGAGGCUUUUGCUUGGUGUAAACUGUGGUGCUCAGAUAUUGUUGGAAAUGUGCAUUCAGUAACAGGCAGAUUAUCUUGUACUCGUUGCUUCAUAGAUAAAGAUUUCAAUUAAAUAUUUGUGCCCCUAAAACUACAAAUUGCAGCAAAUUUACUAGCUUUUUCCGGCACUGUAAUUAUUCGCAUCAAAGAAAACUUCGUCUAUUGCACUGAGAUCUGAACAGUUUUGAAUUUCUUAAAGUAGCUUAUGAUGUCAUUAGAAUGAGGUUACUUUGAGCAUUUUUACAAUCCAUGAAAUUGAACGUCAUUGCAACUUUGAACUGGUAAAUAUGGUUUAUUGCAGAAAAAUAUUGUUCAACCAAUAUUUUUUCUGAAUGUAAUUUUUUAUGCCUUGAAACAACCUUUGAUAAAAAUGUAUCAAUUCUGGUAUACCUCAGAUACUGUGCACAUAUGAACACGAUUCAUCUUACAUGGCUCAGUAAACCAACUUCCAGUGACUGCUUGAUGUACAUUGUCUAAUGGGUGAGAUGAGUUUUAAAUCAGCAGGCUUACUGGCUGAAAAAAAUGGGUUAUGUCGAUCAAGGACUGCAUGUAAUGCUAAUACAUAGUAAUUUUAUUUUAAUCUAAAGCUUGUUCAUGUGCAAGAUAUUGCAUAUGCAAUCAGUAAUUUAUGGAACCAGUAUUUUGCAACACGUGUUUUUGUGUGUCCUUAACUGUGUUUGAUUAUUUUUAAUCCUUGCACUGUAAAUGUUUAGUUGGUGAUGUUUAAAGCCAUUACUACAUUCUUUAUAGAAUGGAGAUAAUCCAGAGGAAGUAGGGUACAGUUAAAGCUUGCCUCAAACGUUUGAAUCCUGAAUAUGGGGGAAGUACAUUUAUUGUGUCUGUGCUCCUUGAAGCUGCUGGGUAUAGUAAGUGACUCAAGUCUGUCUCUGAGCUCCAGAUGACCACUGAAUGCUAUUGUAAUGUUACGUGACAUUCCUGUGGCCCAAUAAGCCGUAAGGGAAAAAAAAAUUCCUACACAGUUAUUUUAUCCUGGCUGCGGGCCACACAUGUGCAUUCUUGAUCCUGUUUUGAAGUAAGGCUAUACUAUGUAGCUACAAUUCUACAUGUCUGGUGCAAAACAUAUUGAAUAUUGAUUUUUGCCACCGUUUUGGGUUGGGUUCAAAUUUUGUGUAUUUCUUCGUAUUGGAUCUUUUUACCAGCAGUAGAAGGAUGGACAAAUUUAAGGUCUCAAUGUAACUGUAUUAACCCUCUUACACCAUCGUUGUUUGAUAAUAUUGCACUGUCUAGCAUGAAACCCAUGUUUACUGCUCAUGAUGUACUGUAAUUGAAUAUAAACUAUAGAUUCCUAACUAUUGGUAUUGGUCUAUCACUACAUAUCACUGGUAUCAAUAUAGGCAAAUGGGCCCCUAUUAAAGACAGUGAAAUAAAAUGGUUUUCAUUACAGUAAAUUAUCAUUAUGAACAUGACAGGGUGACAGAUGCUCUUUAUUUUUGUAAACUAUCUAGCAUGGCAGAAGUACUAUGUUCUUGAUCUGUAUAAUAUGUUCCAUCAGAGUUAUUUAUUAAUGCUGCUUCAAGCUCAUGAGCA